AUGUGGAAGAAAAAUAUCACUCAUAUUAGUGAGUUCAUCCUGGUAGGUUUCCCUACUUCCCCUUGGCUCCAGGUUCUGCUCUUCCUCCUCUUCUUCAUCACCUACUUGUUUGUGCUGUUGGAAAAUUUAGUCAUAAUCUUCACUGUAUGGGUCACUGGGUCUCUGCACAAGCCCAUGUACUAUUUUCUGGGCACCAUGUCUUUUCUGGAGGUCUGGUAUAUAUCUGUCACUGUCCCCAAGAUGCUGGCUGGGUUCCUACUUCGUCCCAAUAUCAUCACCUUCCUGGGAUGCAUGAUCCAGCUCUAUUUCUUCAUCUCACUUGCCUGUACUGAAUGUAUGCUGUUGGCUGCCAUGGCCUACGACCGUUACGUGGCCAUAUGUUGGCCUCUUCGAUAUCCAGUCAUGAUGACCACAGGAUUUUGUGUUCAGCUGAUCAUCAGUUCCUGGGUGAGUGGCUUCACCAUUUGCAUGGUAAAGGUAUACUUCAUCUCCCAAGUUGCCUUUUGUGGCAAUAAUAUCUUGAACCAUAUUUUUUGUGAUGUGUCCCCUAUCCUCAAACUGGCCUGCAUGGGCUUUUCUGUGGCAGAGAUGAUAGACUUUGUGCUGGCCAUCAUCAUCCUGGUGUCUCCUUUCUCAGUCACUGUCAUUUCUUAUGUCCUCAUCGUAUCUACCAUCCUGCACAUUCCCUCAGCCACUGGGCAGCGGAAGGCCUUCUCCACCUGUGCCUCUCACCUUGCAGUGGUGGUCGUCUUCUACACAGCUGUGAUUUUCAUAUAUGUUCGACCUCGGGCCAUUGCUUCAUUCAAUUCUAACAAAUUGAUCUCAGUCAUAUAUGCAGUCUUCACUCCCAUGCUCAACCCUAUCAUCUACUGCCUGAGAAACAAGGAGGUGAAAGGUGCCAUCAGGAAAACCAUGGCAAACGGUGGAGCCCCUUUCUUUAGAGGUUCUCUCUGCUGA